GAGGCUGUCAGGGAUGCGAGUCACGGUGUUGUUGAAGUAGGUGUACAGACGAUUGCGGACUACAUAUUGGGGCUCCAGUCAACGCUGAAUCAAUCGACGGUGGAACCUUCCGCUGCGGAAAUCACGCAGAAUGUUCUUUCUAGCGGUCCAGCGGGAGCGGGAGCGGGAGAGGGUGAAGAUGGGAGUGUUGUCGGGUCUUUAGAUAUCCUCCACGAUGUCGAUGAGAUCUUCAGUGUAUGAUCACGUGGCCGAGAACGGACGAACUUAUCACAGAUACAAGGAAGGAAAAUAUGCACUCCCAAAUGAUGAAACUGAACAAAAUAGAUUAGAUAUCCAACAUCAAUUGUUUGUUCUCACAUUACACGGAAAACUUCACCUCGCACCCCUGAGCAAGCAAGUGCAUAAUGUCCUCGACAUUGCAACGGGUACUGGCAUCUGGGCCAUAGAUUUUGCGAUAAAGUAUCCCACAGCCAAUGUCCUUGGAACAGAUCUAAGUCCCAUCCAACCCGAAUUCGUACCACCCAACUGCCGCUUCGAGGUCGACGACGCAGAGGAUGACUGGACGUAUAGCUACCAAUUUGACUACAUCCAUGGACGCCUUCUCCUGUCAUGUUUCAACCAGGACUUUCCGGCGGUCAUCGCCAAAGCCUACGGGGCACUCAAUCCAGGAGGCUGGAUUGAGUUGCAAGAUAUGUUACCACCAAUCUGCUUCGACAAUUCGUGGGAUGGGACGGAGCUCCAGAGGUGGGUCACUUUGACGCUAGAAGGCGCUAAGAGGCUAGGUAUGGAUUGGUACAAAGUUGGUAUGUAUAGGGAGUGGGUCGAAGCCGCGGGAUUUGAAGAUGUGCAGGAGUUUAAGGGGUCGUGGCCGACGAAUACUUGGCCGAGGGAUAGGCAUCAUAAACUCCUGGGGGCUUGGCAAAAUCAGAACAUGAUGGAGGGUUUGCAUGGUAUUAGCGUUGCGGUUCUGACGCGCGGGCUGGGAAUGACUGCUCAGGAAGUCGAGGUCAUGUUGAUAGGAGUAAGGAGGGAUCUGUGUGAUCGGAAUAUCCAUUGUUAUGCCCCAAUACGGGUGAUAUGGGGACGAAAACCAGGCGGAAAUAUAUACGGCGCCGCAGCAACCACUUCCUGAAAUUGGUUCAAGUAGUGAAUUUUAAGAGUCUAGGAAAUGCAAAGUAAUACGCAACGCAUCCGGAUGAGGCAUGACUUCCCGGCAAGGAGACUUGGCAUAUAUAAUCACGUGUGCGAAGAAUCUGGGGGUUCUGUCUGGGGGUCUCUGUCUGUGCAACGGCAUCCACCACUGACA